AUGAAUAAAUGCAUAUUUGUUGUUCUUCUGUUCUUCUUAAUCUCGACAACAAUCAAUCAGCACAAAUGCUGUCUUAUUCCCAAAGCAGAUCAAAUUCGUUUGGCCACAGCUGGUGAUAUGGGUGUAAAUGUUGGCUGGCGUUUACGCGUUUGCUCAUUGGAAUUUAUCAACCUCGCUAUUAUCCAUGAUGCAUCAUCAAAACAACUCACAUCAACGACAGUGCAUGGCAAAUCUAGCUCUUAUAGAAUGAAUUUUGCAUUCGGAACAUUUUGA